AUGCGGCUGUCCCGGCCGCGCCCGGAUGUGAGCCUCGUCCUCGCCAUGGCCGCGAUCGUGCUGCUGCUCCUACAUCACAUGUCGCCGCCUGGCUGCCCUGCCCCCGAGAGGCCCGCGGAGCCCCAGGAGGUCCCCACGUGGCCCCCGGGACCCCCGCGCGCGGCCCCCACCCCGUGCCGGGCCAACCUGUCGGUGGCCGCGCACCCGGACUUCGCGGCGCUGCCCGCGCACGUGCGCGACUUCCUGCUGUACCGGCACUGCCGGGACUUCGCGCUGCUGCGGGAGCCGCCGGCCGCCAAGUGCGCGCAGCCCGUGUUCCUGCUGCUCGCCAUCAAGUCAUCGCCCGCCAACUACGGGCGCCGGCAGGUGCUGCGCCGCACGUGGGCGCGCGAGCGGCAGGUCCGGGGGGCGACGCUGCGCCUCCUCUUCCUCGUGGGCAGCGACCGGGACCCGCACCAGGCGCGCAAGUUCAACCGGCUGCUGCAGCUGGAGGCGCGCGCGCACGGCGACAUCCUGCAGUGGGACUUCCAGGACUCCUUCUUCAACCUCACGCUUAAGCAGGUCCUCUUCCUGGAGUGGCAGCGCACCCGCUGCCCCAACGUCAGCUUCGUGCUCAACGGGGACGAUGACGUCUUCGCGCACACGGACAACAUGGUCACCUACCUGCAGGGCCGCGACCCGGACCGCCACCUCUUCGUGGGUCACCUGAUUCAGAACGUGGGUCCCAUCCGCUCGCCUGGGAGUAAGUACUUCGUGCCCACGCUGGUGACCGAGGACGAGCACUACCCGCCCUACUGUGGCGGCGGCGGCUUCCUGCUGUCGCGCUUCACGGUGGCCGCGCUGCGUCGCGCCGCGAGUGUCCUCCCAGUCUUCCCCAUCGACGACGUGUUCCUGGGCAUGUGUCUGCAGCAGCAGGGUCUGGCGCCCGCCUCGCACAACGGGGUGCGCACCGCAGGGGUGCACGCCCCCAGCCCCCGCCUGUCCUCCUUCGACCCCUGCUUCUACCGGGGGCUGCUCCUCGUGCACCGCUUCCUGCCCUUCGAGACCCUGCUGAUGUGGGACGCGCUGAGCCAGCCCCAGCUGGACUGCGGCCAGCGCGGCCUGGUCUACUGA